AUGGCGGAAUUUGCUUCGUGGAUGCUCAAUCGACAAUCAACAUCCACGACUUCAAACCCAAAUUCUUAUAAGAAAAAUAACAAAACAUAUCUUAAUUCAGGCAUCCAAUCCAACACAGAUAAUUUUUCUCCAAAAACCGAAAACAAUGUUGAUUUAUCGUGGCUUCCCAAUUACAACGAUGAUAACUUCGCCAACGGUCAUGAUAAAUCAUGUCAUCAAUAUGAACAAAAUGAUUUUGAUGAUUCAUGGCUUCCUGCUACUUACAAUGAAACCAAAAAGAAAAGUUCACCAAGUGUCCCGAUCUUGAAUAAGCCUAAUAAUUGUUCUCAUAAAAACGAAAAUGGUUUUGAUGAUUCAUGGUUGCCUUCGAAUACAACUGUGAAAAAUGAAAACAAAAUAAAGGGACAAAGCUAUAUCAAGAAGAACAAUACAAAAACAACUUCAAAAUCAAAUAAUUUGAAUCGUUCAAGCUUGCCAUGUUACCCUAUUGUGAAAAAUGAGGAUAAAAAGAAGGAAAGUAUCAGCAUUCAUAGAAAAUCAGAUAAUCAAGAAUAUUGGGAACGUGCCCGUGAGGCAACAACAUCUACUGCUGAAAUCCAACAUCCAAAGGUUUUGCAGAGUAAGAAAACAGACUCUUCAAGAUCUCAGGGCCGAGUUUCUCCUUCUAUAUCAGAAAGCUCAGUGGAGACGGAUAGUUUAGGUGGAGUGUCUACGCUCCUUCGAAGAUGGAAGGACGUUGAAACAAAGACCUUUGAUAGAAAAGAAAGAAGUUCCUUUAGUAGCAACAACAAUAUUAAUCAUUCAAGAAAGCCUUCAAAAUGUUUCGAUGGUUGCACAGCCGAUGAGUCUUUUAUUGGUUCAGAAUCAUGCAAAUCGAUCCCCUACAGGUCACUUUCUUGCAACAUUCCUUCUGGUACAAAUGAUAUUAUGGAAGCAUUUGAUGUAGAAAAAGAGAAUAUUCGGAUGGGGAGUAAAAUUAAGAAGUUGCCAAAGGAGGAUUUGGCAGCUUCACGGGCUGUAAAAAGUACAAGUGAAUCAUUUGCAAAAGAAAACAAAUGUGUUUCUCCUGUUUUAGGCAAAACUCGUUUGAUACGUGGUCGACAAGCUUACCUAGACUUUCUUAGUUUAAUAGAAUUCAAUAAAAGGCGAGAGCUUGAAAGCUUAACUCACAAAAGAGUAGUAUCAAAAUUCCCACACCGUGGUCGUAUUCAAGCUAUGCUCCGUGUUAGAUUAAUAAGGCUUGGAGCCGAGCCCAAAUUAGAAACCAAAAGCUAUAAGCGUAGCGUUUCAAAAACAAUGAAAACCAUCUGGGAUAAAUUUAGCACAGGAGUAAAACAUGGUGCAACCGCAUCAAGAAAAGUAAACGAAAAUGGGGAAGACACACGGAGUCAUGCUAGUCUUGAAUGUUCGGUUGGCUGUAAUGCAGUUGAAGAUAUGGAAAUGACCAUCACGACCGCCACCUCAACCAUUUCCACCACCACCACCACCGCCACCAACAGCCAAGAACUGGAAACAACAAGCACAUCAUAUAAUCAGUUAACACAAGAAGCCAAAGAUCAUCAACAAAAUACAGAGUUGACUCUUGAUAAGUUUCGAGACGUCAAUAGUUCAUCUCACUCAAUCCAAAGUAAAGAAGAUACACAUUCUGAGAUCAUGGUACCCAAUAUCUUAGAUUACCACGUGAAACCUCAGUUUCAAUCAGAAAGUUUAAAUGAAAAUGGGGUUAAGGAGAAGGAAUAUGAUGAUUCUAUUCAAUUACAAAGUGAUAUGGGUCUAGAAAGCUGUCAUAAUUGGAUUAGUGAAUACUCGCAAUCGCAAAGUGAGUGGGAUGAAGACGAGUUUUACUACAACGAUGACUGGAUUAGUGAGAUAGCUCGCCCACAAAGUUAUUGGGAAUAUAUGAGGCAAAAAAGAUACCAAGAAAUGCAUCAUAUUUUCUCUUACAAUCGAGACCUUCAGGAACUUUUAGACAGGUAA